ACACUGCUAACAGCUGUUCGCCACCUAUACUACGCCACACACAUGCGCUCACCUUUGCUUUCUAAAUUUUCCACGGCGCUCUUCCCCACUGUGCUCCACGUCAGUUCAAAACAAAACAAAUCAUUUGGUUUUGUUGUUGCUUAGCGCUCUCGCACGCAACGUAAUCUGUAAAAGCAACGGAAUUUCAAGUCAUUUUAGUUCUUUCGUGGAAUUGAACGAGUGCGGUUGAUUGAGAUAGAGUUAAGAAAAUGUGUGCAUUUCCCAAUUAAGUAAAAUUUUGGUCACAAAAGUUGUGAAGCAACAAUUAGUGGAGAAGAAUUGUACACAAAUUCAAGCCGGAUAAUCAUAAUUAAGUGUCUAAUUUACGUUGUGAAGUGCGUGUGUUCCAUGUGUAUAAGUGUAUUAACUGUAAAUGAAAAGCAAAGUUGCUUAAGUGAAAGGGGAACUGGAUAAAUUGAUUUUUGCUUUUCCCCAACAUUCUUUGAUCGUGGCAAAAAAGUGUAGUGUGUUUGUGUGGUUUGCCCAAGAAUUUCUUUACACGGCAAUUUGUAUAAUUAUUUGUAUUUCAAUUGGUGCUUAUUCCAUUUAAUAAACCGGCCAAAUUGGAUUUGAUUAGUUUAGUAACUUUUCCCACGUCAUUUCGCGUAUCUUCACCGAUGGCCAGUCAGCAGUCCAAUAUGGAUUCUGUGAGUGCAAACUUCGAGUUGCAGCAAAACGAAAUCACCGCUAUUCCACAGUAUGGGCUCAAGUUGAAAUUUGAUCAUGUGUGGCCGGAGAAACGCAAUCAGAAUUUACGACCGUCGCUGAGACAAACGCUGCCGCUGGUGCCGUUAGCGUGCAGAUAUUCCGCCUACUAUUGGAAGGUGUCGCGCGAGAAUCGUCGUUGCUACAUGGACUACUAUUACAUGGAGAACGGUAAACAAAUUUAUGGUGUGCCCUUGGGCGGCAUUGGCGGCGGUACCAUAGGGCGUGGCUUUGCCGGCGAAUUUUGUCGCUUUCAGAUGCGUCCCGGCAUGUAUGAGUACAAUGUGGUGCAGGCGAAUCAAUUUAUAGUGACAAUCAAAGACGCCAAAAAUUGCACGAUAUUUCAGAGCUUGCUCUCGAAACUCAGUCCCACUGACAGCAGCGCCAACUCUCAAUGUAAUAUGCCCAAUUGCAGCAGUCGCUCCAAGCAGCCCCUAAAUGCCUGGCACUCGAAUAUCGACGACUCGAAAUGCUCAUAUACGGGUUUGUAUCCGCGCGCCUGGACCGACUAUGAUCUGACUGCGUACGGCGUGCGACUGAUUUGUCGUCAAAUUUCGCCCGUCAUACCGCACGACUACAAAGACUCAUGCCUACCUUGCGCCGUCUUCGUGUGGUCUGUGGAGAAUGUUUGCGCGGAGGAGCGUAAAGUCUCCAUAACGUUCACUUUUAAGAAUGGCACUGGUACGAAGAAGCAGGACGCCGAGGGCGGCGCUGAGGCGACACUCAUCACAGAGGGCAAUGUGAAGGGUGUCGGCAUACGACAGAAAAUCGCUGGCAUGCCAUGCACCUACAAUUUGGGUUGUCGUGUUUUGCCCGAAAUCAGUAUUACACGCUGCACGCAGUUCGAUCCGUACGGCACGGGAGAGCAACUAUGGUCCGAGCUGAAGGAGAACGGACAGUUGAGUGAGAAGCAUUGCGAUGAAGUGUUGAAAACUAAGGAUCUCGGUGUCGCUUUAUGCGCACAGGUUGCUGUCAAACCAAAUUGUAGUCAUGAUUUAGAAUUCGUAUUAGCCUGGGAUAUGCCACAUAUACAUUUCCCGAAGAAACUCAAAUCUUAUACACGUUACUACACCAAAUAUUUCGAUGCGUCCGGUGAGGCUGGUCCAAGGAUAUGCGAGUAUGCAUUGAAGCACUAUGGCAGUUGGGAGAAAUUGAUUGAUGCCUGGCAGCGUCCCAUACUCAACGAUGAUGGCCUACCCGAUUGGUAUAAGAGCGCGAUCUUCAAUCAGCUCUACUUCAUUUCGGAUGGCGGCACAAUUUGGUUGACUUGUAAUUCCUCGUUUGGCAAGGAGUUGAACUAUGAUGAUCCCAGAUUAGCUUACGGUCGCUUUGGUUACUUGGAGGGUCACGAGUAUCGCAUGUACAAUACCUACGACGUACAUUUCUAUGCCUCACCGGCGCUCGCGCACCUCUGGCCCAAUCUGCAGGUUAGUCUACAGUAUGACAUACGAGAUGCCAUUGAUGUGGAUUUGCCCGAUACGCGUAAAAUGCUUUACGAUGGUAAGGUGCUGCCGCGUCACAUUAAGAAUUGUGUGCCACAUGAUCUCGGCGAUCCCGAUGAGGAGCCAUUCACGCUCAUCAAUUGCUACAAUAUACACGAUGUGAAUCAUUGGAAGGAUUUGAAUACGAAAUUCGUGCUGCAAGUCUAUCGGGACUACUAUGUGUUGAAUGAGUUAGCGCAGGCGCAAGCGGAUAAUGCGAGUAAAUUCAGUUCGAUUGAGUUUAUCGAUAAGGACAGUUUAUAUGAAAUGUAUACGCAAGAUAAUAAGCGUAAGAACUCGGCGGAUGAGAAGCAGCAAAAUCGCAAAUCGGCUUCUUUAUACAUCAAUGAAACUAACGGUAAAGUCUAUCUAAUGGACGCCAUGGCUUACUUGAAGGCAAUGUAUCCCGCAUCCAAAGCGAUCAUGGAGCGCACCAUCGAAUAUGACAAAGACAAUGAUGGAUUAAUUGAGAAUACGAAAAUGCCCGAUCAAACAUACGACACCUGGGUUAUGGAUGGACCCAGCGCUUAUUGCGCUGGCUUGUGGCUGGCGGCCUUGCAAACUAUGUCCGUAAUGGCCACGCUGUUGGAUCAGCCGAACGACUGCUUGCGCUAUCAGGACAUUUUAGAGCGUGGCAAGCACUCUUUGGAGGAGAAACUAUGGAAUGGCAGCUAUUAUCGUUUCGAUAUGCAUCACAAGGACACAGUAAUGGCCGAUCAGCUGUGUGGACAUUGGUAUCUGAAAACAUGCGGUUUCGAUUACGAGAUUUAUCCAAAGGAGAAUGUACGCAAGGCCUUAAAGCAAGUCUACCAACACAAUGUUAUGGGUUUCAAUGGUGGCAAUAUGGGCGCUGUUAACGGUUUCAUUGUUAAUGCGGAUCCAGAAAAGCCGGGACACGUGGACUAUACGACCCUACAGAGUGAAGAAGUGUGGCCCGGUGUAACUUUCGCUUUAGCCGCCACCAUGAUACAGGAGGGCAUGUUUGAGGAGGGCUUCCAAACUGCUGGCGGCCUCUAUAAGACACUCAGUGAGCGUAUAGGCAUGAAUUUCGAGACGCCCGAGGCAUUAUACACCGAAAAGCAUUACCGUUCGAUCGGUUAUAUGCGACCGCUAAGCAUUUGGUCCAUGCAAGUUGCCUGGGAGCGACGAAAAGCGCUGCGUGAUUAAGCAAAUUGACGAAAGAUUUACAGUAAUGCAAGCGCAGAUGAAGCAAAUAUUUAACUGUAUUUUUUUAUACUCUCGCUACAUGUAGCAAACUCUCUGCUUUUUUAAUUUGAAAAUAUGUAUGUAUUUAUAUGUGAAGAACAGUUAUACAUAUAUACAUAUAUAGUAUACCAUAUUAUAAUACUCUCUGCAAGACGUUGCAUUGAGUGCGCAAGAAAAUUAAAGUUUUGCCGCAGAAAUUUCAAUUAAUAAUUAAUUAAUUAAUGAAAUUUAGCUAUGAAGGAAAAGUACAAGUUGUUAAGCUUAAUAUAAGAUGUUUUCAUAGAAGUGAGAGCAUACAUUUUUGACACAAUUUUUUUUAUUUAUUAGAAAGAGAACACAAACUGUAUUUAUUAAUAGCAUUGGCUAAGACACGCUUAAAGUACCAAAAAUUAUAAAGGGAAGUGUUGGUGAGACAAAAGAAACUUUUUAUUUUUAAUGUAAAAACAACGAGCACAAGGCUUGAUAUUUAUAUACAAAUAUUUGAAAAUAACAAAUGGUGCCAGUUUCAUUUGCGAUGCGAAAGUACAAAAUGCGCCGAUAAACGAAGAUGAAGCAAAUUGUGAAAAUUUUUGCAUUUGUUGAAAAUGAGCUUACGAUUUUUAGCGAUAAUAUUUGUCUGCAUUAUAUGCAAUAUGUGUAUAUGCAUGUGUUGUCAAUGUCACAAAAUUCAGAAGAGAAGAGCAAAGCGGCGUAAUUAAGUAUGGAAAUUGUUUUAUUUACCACUUUGAGCAAAAAUAAAUGUAUAUUAUUGUAAUUUGUUAAAAACAAAAAUUUUAUGUAAUAGACAGGCUGAAAAAUAUCGUAUCGUUUCUAAGAGAGAUAAUAAAAAACACUGUCGAAGUAACGAAAUAUUAUUUUUUGAUUAAAAAAAAUAUGCUAAUUCUAAAAUGUAUCACAACAAUGAGUGUUGUCCAGCCGCUGCGAUCGGCUACGCUAACAUUGUUUAUCAAAUUCCGUAUAGACUUAAUAAUCUCGAAAUACAAUGAAUACAGCAGACGACCAAAAGAGCCAGUCACCUCGAAUACAUCAGAAAAUGAUUUUGGAUGAUCGAAAAAUGAAAUUGGUCGAGUUAGCUGACACACUAAAAAUAGCCAAUGUUAGACAUAUUUUCUGAACUGGCCGUAGUGAUUUUGCUGUUCGUAGAAUUGAAGAGAAUGCUCGCUGGAAGUGCAGAGGCAUGAAAAGAGACAUUUAGAGACACUAAGAGCUAAUCAACUAAGUUGCGGUCUAUUUUAAAGCAAAAGAUAAAUCAUACUACAAAAAUGAAGAACCUGUUAAAUUGCUAUAAUCGAUAUUGAAUAAUAAUAAUAAAAUUUGCCAAAAAAAAAUUUUUUUAAGGCGAUUCGAUAUUUUCAGCCCGUUUUUUAGAACUGUCAGUUAUAAGUUUUGGAAAAUGAAAAUUUUAGACAAAGCGAAAAGGUGUGGUUUUGCAAAGGUUUGUUAAAAUUUGUUGUCCUUUUGUUAGUUAGCAAAAAACAUAAACAAUUUGAUUAAAUUAAAAAAAUGCAUGUUCAAAAUCUAUAUUUUUUCGUUAAUUGUGGAUAAAAAUAGUGCAAAAGCAUGCUAAAACUAUUUCUAAUUUCAAUAAUAUUCGAAAUUCGAACAAUAAUUUUUUAUUUAUAAGCAGGGUUGUAAAUUUUUAAAUUAAAAAAUUGUUAGUAAAAAAUUUUAUUUUCCAUUUUUGAUUAAAAAUUAAAAAAUUCAAAAUGGUAGAACACGAAGUAUGCAAUUUUUUUUAUUUUCACUUAUUAACUUGAGAUUAACAUGUUUUUCAAUCCGGUGGUUGGGAUUAUCAAUUUGAAAUUAUGAAUUAUUUUUAAUUGAGAUUUUCUGAAUUACAAAAUAAAAAAAAUGUUUACAAAUGUUAAUUCAAUUAUUUUUGAAUGCAUUAUUUACAACCCUGUUUAUAGACAACGUUUUUAAUUUAUUUAUUUUAAAUGAGCCGUUAAUAUUUAAAAAUAUAUAGGAGAUUUAAUUUUAAAUUUAAGUUUCUAAAUAAAAAAAUUUAUAUUCUAAACAAACAAAAUUAAUUUUAAUUCUCAAAAAAAAAUUUAAAUUAAUCUAAAAAAUAUACACUACAUAUAAUUUUAAUUACCUAAAAUAAAAUAAUUUAAUUAUCUAAAAUAAAAUAAUUUUAGUUUUCUAAAACAACAAUAAUUUUAAUUUUCUAAAAAAAAAAUUUUAGUAAAAAAAUAAAUUUUAAUAAAAGUGCUGUCCUACCUUAUUAUUUUUAUUUAAAGUAAAUUUAAUAAAAUUUCUGUCCUACAAUAUUCAUUAACUUUUUAGAAAUAAUUUACUAUAAAAAAUAAUGUGACCACAAUGGCGCUAUAGUUUUUAAUAACUGAAUAACAGAUAUAGUUUUAAAGUCAAUUUUUUAAGUCCAUAUUUAAAAAAAAUUUUAAAAAAAUAUAAAACGCAAACACAAAUAUUAGUUCCUGGCUUCUCAAUUGUUUCUGCCACAAAUGAUUAAUUAGUUAUUAUUUCGUUUAAAAAUACUAUUUUAUACAUAAAUAAAAACUAGUAUAAAUAAUUUUAUAUAUUAUUUUCAGCUUGAGAGCAAAGCAAGGCACAAAAAGUAUAAUAUUUUGCUAAAAGUGAAAAGUAUUUCUGAAAAUCUACUAUAUAUCUAUAUAUACUGAUAUUGCACAUAAGCGGGAAGAAGAGAAAUUAUAUAUGUAUAUACUGUGUUGCCUUUAUUUAAAACGCCACAAUCCUCCCAAGUGAGGUUAUGUGCGUAAGCGUUAAAGCUUGUCUAAUAAAGCCUACAGUGGUUUUGAACCAAAGUUAAUGUCAGUGAAAUAUUUAAUGACACAGAAAUCUCCAAUGUAAGCAGAAGUUAUUUACAACAAUUGAAAUAUACACUAUAUGAAAUAUGAACUAUUUUUGACAAAUUGUAACAAAACAGUUAUUUGUGUAUUAAUCGAUGUAUUAACCAAAUUGCAUAUUCUAAUGUUAAAUAAAAAUAAAAAAUAGAAAAUUA